GCUCAGUAAUUACACAGCAGCCAGAAGAAGGGACUACAGUGGACAGCAGCCAGAAGAAGGGACUACAGUGGCCCCCAGAGCUGCACUUUAGCCGUCACCUGGACUUGCUGACGCGGUAUAAGGGACCCCCGGGCAGGACUCCAUUAGCUGCGUACCCUUGUGCCUCUGUAGGAUUGCUAAUGUCACCUGUCACUUCGGCGCUUUCCCGGACACCGACUGAGUGACACCAGGACCCCUUUUCUCUUAAGACCAAGCGGGCUCAGGCAUUGGAGAUAUUUGUGUUUCUGGGGAGGGGAUCCCCCGUUGGAGGGUGUCUCCCUCCCUACCAUUCACCGCCUGUGAGUUCUGACAGCUGCCAGAUACAUGUACCACAAAGUUUCCUGGUCCCUUCAGGAUGAAUUUCAGGGGUCUGUUGAUGUCUGUCUGGUUACUGCAAGUUAUCCAUGCUGAGGGGGACCCAAUUCCAGAAGACAUGUUUGAGAAGAUCACAGGGGGAACUGUACACUCAAUUUCAGAUCUGAAGAGGCUGCUGCAGAUAGAUUCCGUAGAUGAUGAAGAAGAUGUUAGCUAUGCAUCCAGGAAUGGAACAAGAAUCCCGCCCAGGGGCAAUGUGAGCCACUCCCGGGUUAUACGCAGCGUAGAUGCCGAAAUGGCCGUCAUUGCAGAAUGCAAGACUCGAACAGAAGUAUUCGAAAUCACGCGGAAGAUGGUGGAUCCCACCAACGCAAACUUUCUAGUUUGGCCACCAUGUGUGGAGGUUCAGCGCUGCUCUGGUUGUUGCAACUCAAGGAAUAUUAAAUGCGUCCCAUCUCGUAUCCACAUACGACAUGUCCAGGUGAGAAAGAUCAUACCGUCUCAGAAAAAGAACACACAGAGGGUGAUUAUUGCUCUAGAAGAUCAUUUGGAAUGUAAAUGUGAAUCCGUGCAACCUCCAGUAGCCAGAAGUCACCACCACACCAACCACGAACCCAAGAUGGCGUCAGACUUACAGACAACAACUGUAACGCCAACACCUGCCCCAAAAAAACAAGAAAACCCCCUCCGACUUUCCAAAAGGAAAAACCGAAAGUUCAAGCAGGGUAACAGCAAGAAGGAGCUGAAGGACCUUCUGGCCACGUAGUGCCAAGCAUCUCCAUACAACAGGCAACAGAUUGCACUUGGCCCCUAUGGGGUCCUCAUAUACUAAGUUUCAUCCUGCUUCAAAUGCCUAACUGGGCUCUGGUGCUUUAUAGGGGGUAUGAAAAAGGACUGUGUCCCCCAUACUCUCUCCUGCCCACUACAGCCUUAUCUAACCCGGAGGAACUCAGAUGCCCGUCAAUGUCUUUAAAGUAACUGGAAUCUCAAAACCACUAGGCUUGGAACGCUAUGCAAUGUUAUUUUACAGCUAUGGGCAAAAAAGCCCAAAUCGGAACUCACUGGAUAUAUUUUGAAACUUAUUUAAUAUCUUUUGUAUUUUUAUAUAUAUAAAUAUAUACAUAUUUUUGUAAAAAGUUGUUUCUUUUGCUGACGUUGCACAUGGCAGGACAGAGACUGAAAAGCAGAGGAGGGGAUGGCAGUGCUGUGUGGAUUCUCUGUGUGGCUCCAAUUUUUUUUUUUUUUAAUACACUCCAAUGUACCAAAUUCAUGUUGUAUGAUCAGAAUCGUUUCAUGGUUGUCCCAAGUUGGUCCUAAAGGGCAGCACUUAAACCAGGAUUUAUAUCUCAUAAAUUAAUAAUAUAUUUGUUGUCAUAUACCAUGAACAUAGGCCACUAGAGAUUGUUAAAGGGAUAUGAAACGCAACGUUUUUUCUUUCAUAAUUCAUUUAGAGCAUAGAUUUUUUUAACAACUUUCCAAUUUGCUUCUGUUAUCAAUUUGGCUUCAUUCUCUUAGAAUCCUUUAUUAAAGGAGCAGCAAUUGGCUACUGGGAGCUAGCUGAGCACAUUGGUAGGCCAAUAACAAGAGGCAUAUAUGUGCAACCACCAAUUAGCAGCUAGCUCCCAGCUCAUGAUCCUACCUAGGUAUGAUUUUCAGCAAAGGAUACAAAGAAAACUAAGCAAAUUGAUUAUAAAAGUAAAUUGAAAAGUUGUAUGCUCUGUCUGAAUCAUGAAGGAUACAUUUUGGGUUUCAUGUCCCUUUAAUUAAAAGCUACUGAGGUCAGAACCAUAUGUAUAAGGCAGUUUUCUCCCACAAGUAAUAAGCUGCACAUUGCUUGUUGGUAGAACACUGCUUAGCAAGUAUUGCCUUAAUUCUCUCUCAUUCUGGUGCUAACUCACAGCUCAUUCAUGUAUCCCUUUACUUAUGCGCACAGCUCUGCUGUCAUUAAGAAUUCAGAAUGUUUAUUAUGUAAAGUAAUUUAUAUUCAGUAUUUAAAUUGUACAAAAGAGGCAUUCUUUAAUUUGUAUUAAAACCAAAACCAAAUUCAAUCGUUGUUUUUAUAUGUUGAUUCCAAUUAAAACGAAAUAAACUGACAAAAUAUUA